CAACCUGAACAAACUGCAAUAUUUGAACGCACAGCGCAUUUGAAGGCGCCGCUACGUGCUGGUACAGAGUUCGCCAUCAGAAGAUGGUGAUGAGCAUACGGUGGUCAUGACGGAGAGUAUGCAACAGGGGCUGGAUACUUCUCGUUUACAGCCGCGCACUCACCAGCCCUCAACAUCAACAAGCUCGGUACCCACUGGAAACACUGCGCCAAAUCAGACUCGAGCAAGCGGAGACAAACGUGCAGUCGAAUCCCAAAAGCAGGAGACUGAUACAACAUCAGACAAAGCUACGGCUGCUUUCAUUCGACGAACCCUUUGCUCUCAUGAUGUUUUGCUUGGGAAUGGCGAGAAAGGGGGAACUACGCCUCGCUCAAUCGACGAGCUUCUUCCACCAUUGACAAGCUCAAACGAGGUCGAUCUCCAGCUAUAUGGUAUCAUCUCAGUGAUCAUCAAGGAGUUUGUGCAGACAUGGUACUCGAAGAUCACGCCUGACCAUGUCUUUGUCAACGAGGUCAUUCAGGUCAUUGCACACUGCACAAGGGCACUCGAACAGCGUCUACGGAAUGUCGAUUUGGAAGGCCUAUUGCUCGAUGAGUUUCCGGGGCUCUUGGAAGAGCAUUUGAUCACAUUCCGCCUCGCGAAGCAACAAGCCUCGUCUCCACAAUCACUAGUGUCAGAUCCACGUCUCAUUUACCACACGCUUUACCCGCACCCUGCCUUGUCUCCUGUCCCGAUCGCUGCCGUCCCGUCGACAUAUGUUGAGCAACGAGAGAGCGAGUCUGCCUGGCGCCAACUUAUCAUCCAGGGAGUCUUAGCUGUAUUACUUCCCACCGAUGACCUGAAGAACGGAUGUCUACGAUCCCUAGUGGCUGAGAUUUUCGCCGAGAUGAUAUUGGGCAACGGCAUCAGCGGGAAAGCUUGUGAAGGCUGGUUGUUAUGGGAAGCUAUUGGGAGGAUCGCAGACAUUCUCCAGACCGACCAUGUUCAAGAGGAGGACCCUUCGUCAGACGACGGAGCCGCGGAUAUGGAACUAAGCCGCCUGGAACGCUUUGGGCUAUUGCCAUCACAGGUCGAAGAGGAAAGUGGUUCGACCAGUUUGCCAGUCGCUGAUAAAAGUCGUCAUGAGCCCACAAGCAUGUCGGCUUCGAGCUUGUUCUGGAUGGUCAUCCAAUACGCAUUUUUGGCGUAUACAGCGCUGCGCGCGGUCGUUCUAACUAUAGCCACCGCAUCAUCUCUGCCUUCAAGGUCGUUAGCAGGCGGACCGAUACCGAUAGAAGAAAGUCGCCAAUCACACCUACCAGAAGUGGAGUCUCAGGCCUCAACGCGUUUACUGGCAGUCAAACGGCCUAUCGUAAGCAUGAAGUUGUGGAGUUGCGCAGCGCAGGUUGUCGAGUUGGACAUCCGCAUGCCUUGGCUGACGGGCUUCAUCUCAAUGCUGCAUUGUGGAGCGUUGUUCGGCCCAGGAAGGGUGGGUGACACCGACGGUGUAUUGGACAGGUUCCUCUCGCACAUUAUCCACACGCGCAUCUUGAACCCCGCUCUACUUCCAGUAGUACUUCGUACAGUGCGCGCUACGUUGUUUCCGAACAACGGCAUGGGUCCCCCACGACAGAUACCAACUGAGGAUGAGACAAAGGAGAUCAAGCGCCGUUGUGCCGCCUCGCUGCUCGGCUUGCUACCACCGAAAGUGGCAAUCGCUUUCCUUGCAAGUGACAACAAAGUCACACAACAUCAGCAGGUCGAGGAGAUUCUCGAGUGUCUCGAAGACGCGUACUUGAACAAGCAUCUCAUCUUCCAGAUACUCGAACUGAUCGUACUAAGAUUAGCGCCCGAGCUGGAGCAUCAAGGGAUUCGAGACCUUAUGGAAGAGCGCACCGGGUAACUCGUAUUAGAAUAGAUGCGCACAUUGCGCACUUCAAAUUCACUUUCGGUUGAUGACAGCCACCCACUACCGCAGUUUCUUCUCGGU